AUGGUCGACGUCGCCCGAGCGCCGCGGCGGCCUGGCGCUGGACCUCGCCGUGCACUCGCCCAGCGACACAAAGCAGACAUCCAACGCACUUUGCCUGACGGCACGCGACCCGUCUACGGCCGGCGUCACGGUGCCCACGCAGCACGUCCCGUCCGCGAAGCUGCGUGCCAGGUCAGAUACAGCAUCUGGGGCAGGGGUACGGCAGGAGACCGCGGACCUUUGCCACCGUCGGCGGCCCGGGGCGUUGCACUUCGAUCGGGAGCAUCCGCGUCACUGGAGAGUAGAAAAGACGUGCCCCCAAGUGUCAGCGUCGUCAUGACGCUUGUCAUACGGCGCCAGUCCUAUCGCGCCGUCGGCUCGGCCUCCAUCGUCGGGCUCAUCAGCACGCGCCCUCGCGAACCUUGA